AUGGCUUAUAAUUUGAGGAACAGGAACUUGUUGAAUACCAGGGGUACUUAUUUGGGGUCGAGUGGUUCGGACAAUGAAAGCCAUGAUUCCACUCAUUCUGACCCUGACUAUGUGAGGCCGCCUAGGCCGCCAAGAAGGCCAAACCAGAACAAUGUUAGACCAUCUUCUGAUACAAUGCAAAGGAGUGCUGGUGCAUAUUCUGGGGCUGCAAGGUCUCUCAGGAAUAUAACUGGGAUUGUGGGGAGAAGGCGACCAGGACGACCCCCAAAGGCAAGGGCUAAUGGGCAAGAAGACAGGCAAGGCAGCAUAGAGAGACAUAGAAGGAGGAAAAGAACGAAUUUUUCUCAAAUGCCUGAAGAUAAGAUAACAAAGAGAACAGUGUUGUCUUGGUUGAUAAGCUUGGGCGUAGUUGAAGAAAAUGAAGUAGUCUGGUACGUUGAUGCAGAGGCUAGAAAUAUACUGGGAGAAGGCAAAGUCAAUAAGGAGGGCAUUUUAUGCAGUUGUUGUGGUCGUCAGAUGACAGUCGGAGAGUUUGAGCUUCAUUCCGGAAGUCCAACCGGAAAGCCCUAUGAGCAUAUAUAUUUAGCAGGUUCACAGCUUUCGCUGUUGGAGUGCCAAAAAGAAGCAUGGGAAGUGAGGAAGGAAGAAGAAAAACCUACAUACAACGACAUACAGCCUCCACCAAUAGCUGAUGAUAAAAGUGAUGAUGCCUGUAUGAUUUGUGCUGAUGGAGGGGAUUUGAUUUGCUGUGAAAGAUGCCCUUCAACAUUUCAUCCCAAGUGCAUUUUCAUGGAGACCAUUCCCCAAGGUGAUUGGCUAUGUCCAUAUUGUGUCUGCAAAUACUGUGGCAUUGGGGAUGGGCUUUUAAAGAAGUGCACCCUAUGUGAAAAACUAUAUCAUUGCAAGUGUGGAGGAGAAAUGUUGGACCUGAUGAAUUCUCCAGCCUCAUUAUUCUGUGGAAGCAGUUGCAGAAAGAUAUAUGAAGGGUUACAGAGGAUGCUUGGAGUUAGAAAUGAACUUCAAGAUGGCCUUUGUUGGACUCUGCUCCAACGUUCAGAGAAGCCAUUUGAUUCCUACGCAGAUGAUGUGUACAACAGAGUACAAAACAACUCCAAGAUUGCUGUGGCGUGGCUGGUAAUGAACGAAUGUUUCUUGUCAACCAUAGACCGCCAUACAAGAGCCAAUAUUGUCCAAAGCAUCGUGUACAAUCGCGGGUCCAAUUUGACCCGUAUCAAUUAUAGUGGCUUUUAUACUGCUGUCCUGGAAAAGAAUGAUGAAAUCAUCUGUGUUGCAUCAAUAAGGGUGCACGGAGAAAGGUUAGCUGAGAUGCCCUUCAUUGGAACCCGUGGGGAAUACAGGCGUCUGGGGAUGGCUCGAAUCCUGGAAAACUGUGUUGAAUCUGCUCUUUGUGCUCUAAAAGUUGAGAAGCUGGUGAUUCCAUCAGUCAAUCAACUUGUAGGAAUGUGGAUUCGAAAGUAUUUCUUCUCCCGCAUCGAAGAGGACCGCCUGAAAAAGGAGUUAAGCCAGUACAAUAUGGUGAUGUUCCCUAGGACAGUAGUAAAACUACAUAAAAACUUGGUGAUGCUUCCUGACUUGAACAUGGGUCCUCCUGAAACCAAUGGGGUUCUCUAA